AUGGAUUCCAGUCACGAUAGAAGCAUCAGUUUCAGUGCUCAAGUGGAGGCAGUGGAUGCGGCCAGUAGAGCGUGCUUGGGACCUGCGCGAGAUAUUCGGGAAAGGACACCUACAGGCUUUAUCCAGGAUGUUCAAGUUGAUGCGGACGAGAAGACCGUGAAGUUUGGCAGCGACGUAUCGUUUGUACCAGCAGCCAGCUCCCCGGCAUCUCCGGAACAGGCAAGAAGCGUUCGAGAGCGAACACCCACCGGAUUCAUCGUUGAAGAUGCUGUGAUGGCACAAGCUGACGAGAGAAAUAUCAGCUUCAAUGCCCAAGUGGAGGCCGUGGACGCGGCCAGUAGAGCGUGCUUGGGACCUGCGCGAGAUAUUCGGGACAGGACGCCUACAGGCUUUAUCCAGGAUGUUCAAGUUGAUGCGGACGAGAAGACCGUGAAGUUUGGCAGCGACGUAUCGUUUGUACCAGCAGCCAGCUCCCCGGCAUCUCCGGAACAGGCAAGAAGCAUUCGAGAACGAACACCCACCGGAUUCAUCGCUGAAGAUACUUUGAUGGCACAAGCUGGUGAGAGAAACAUCAGCUUUAGUGCUGAAGUGGAGGCAGUGGAUGCGGCCAGUAAAGCCUGCUUGGGACCUGCGCGAGAUAUUCGGGACAGGACGCCUACGGGCUUUAUGCAGGAUAUUCAAGUUCAU